AUGGCUACCGCAACGCGAAGAGGCCCCGGCCCCGGCCAUGCGCCGAGGACGAGCAUCCUCCAGACACUACAAGCCACCGAGAUGAUAGACAGCAAACCCGUCCUCCCAGCCGAAAUCCUCGCCACCAUUCUCGACCACCUCCCCGUCGCCGACCAGCUGCGCUUCGCCCGCGUCUCCCGCCGCAUGCGCGAGAUGGUCUACGACGACUCCCGCUGGGUCGCCCGCCUGCGCGCCCUCGGCUGCUGGGACGAGGCCGCCGCCCGCAGGCGCUUCGAGGAGGUCAUGCUGGCUAGGAGGAGGGCCGCUUCGACGGCUACGAAUGCUACGAAUGCUAGUGGGGGUGGGGGAGUUGGGGGGGUGGAGGGUGGGGGGGGGGGUGAGGAUGGGAUUGGGAUGGGGGGGGUGAGGCUGGGGAGAUGGUUGUUCGAUGCGGGGUUGGAGGAGGAGAGGACGAGGAAAGAGGCGGAACUGAAGAAGGCAAGGGAGCAGCAGCAGGUGCAGGAGGUGGCGGAUGGGUUUGAGACCAUGAAGGUUGGGGGGACGACGGCGCGCGCGCCACACCACCCCCACCAGGAUCCGUCGACAGACCCGGAAGCGCUGUUGCGGGUUAUAAAGAAUGCGAAGAGCGUGCGCGGCUUGGCUAGGCAGGAGUACGGCAAGAUCUAUGGCGCGCUGGCGCCUUUCUACUUCGACCUCGUCCGCGCCAAGACACACACCGAUCCGCUCGUGUUCAAGGUGUUCCGCGACCCGGAGCGCCAGGCCCAGAUGCUGGCGAAUUUGCGGACAUUUGCUAAGAGUGAUUGGUCGCAGGGCGCGCAGAAGAGGGAGGAGAAGGUGGACACGAUGACGGGGAUAUUUGAGAGCGCCGUGCUGCGCGAGUUUGAACAGGGGUAUGAGUUUUGGGACGUCGACGGGCGGAUGAACAAGUACGCCCACGUGCUGGCGCUGCUGAACGGGAGCAGUGCCGCCGUCGAGCUGUUCAUCCAGAAGCACCCUGUUUUUACCGACCGCGAGGUGCUGGCCAACUCGAUGGACUGCGUCAACCAGGCGCUGGCGGAUAGCAUAACGCUGGAACCGUCACGGCGCUUUUUUGAGGUGCUCACGCGGAAGGUGAACGAGCAGGCGGGGAUUAUCGAGCGAAUAUUCCCGAACCCGGUGCAUGUGUUUUGGGUGUUUGUCGACAAAGUUCGGGAAGAUGUCGUCAUGGAGUACGCUACGCCCCUAUUCGAUGAGACACAUGAGAGGAGUAUACCGUCGUAUUUGAGGGCGGUUUCUGGUAUUUUUGAGCAGACGCUGCAGUUCUUGCGGACGCUGACGCCACCGAAAGGGGCAGACGUGGACCAGGAGGCGAGGGCGAAGGAAUUGGUGCUCAAAGCGUUUGAGCCGCAUCUUGACCUGUAUCUGCAGGAUGAGAUCGACGAAUUUGCUAGGCAGGCGGAGGAAGAGGUUGGUGAAUGGGAGAAGAAGUUGUCGGAGCAGGACGCCAGCGCCGAAUCGUUCUACAUGGCAAACUUUACAAAUCGGCAAGCGGAUAAGAAAGACUUUUUGACAUCGUUCAAGAAGGUCGUUAUGAUGCCCGUAACGGUGCUCCCGACGACGUUGACGACCUUUUCAUUACCCGGCCUUCCACUCGGGUCGCCGUUCGCGAGCAAGCCGGCAGCGGCGAGCGCCAAUGGCAGCAUCGCGGCGGCGGAUUUAAGCCAGCAGGAUUCUCGCGCACAGUCUCCUGCCCCAUCAAUACAAGCGGCAGUUGAUCGCAGUAGCAGCCCGAUGCCGGGCAAGGCGCCAACUGAUGAGCUAGCAGCCAAGGCGGCACUCAUGACAUCGAGGUUAGAAGGCAUCAAAUCUCUCUUCAGCAUUGAAGUGGCACUGAGCCUGGUGCACUCGGCCAAGGCGAGCCUAGGGCGCGUUGCCGUGUUCAUCCAACUCGGCGGACAAGCCGGCGGCGAGGCGCGCGAGCAGUGCGAAGCCAUCUUCGUCGCACUACUGCGUAUCCUGGGCAGCAAGCACGUCAAGCCGGGGUUCGACAGGGCCGUGGCGCACCUGUCGCAGUACAACCCCCGCGAGGUAAGCGAGCACGACAAGGGCGGCGUGGCGCCGCUGGUGACCUUCAUCGAGCUGGUCAACGUGGGCGACCUCAUCUCGCAGAUGAUCGACGUCUUCUACGAGCAACAGCUCGCCGGGCCCAAGAUCGCGGACCGUAACGAUUUCCUCGACCCCGCCGGCCUGGCCAAGAAGAAGUUCGAGCAGAUGCUCGACGAGAGCGUCGCCGCCGGCCUCAACAAGGGCAUCGACGUGCUCAUGGACGAGGUCGAAUACCUCUGCGCGACAACCCAGCUACCGACCGACUACAACCCGGGGGCAGCCACAGCCAGCACGCCAGACCCCGCCUCCUCCACAACCUCCUUCGAGAAGCGGGCGUCAACACUACCAGGCACACUAGACAUGGACAUCGGGCCGACGCGGACGGCGCAGCGGAUUCGCGAGCUCGUGGCAUCGCACACGUCGAUGCUGGUGGGCAGCACGGACAAGUCGAUGCUGGACGUGUUCAACGGCGAGGUGGGGCUGCGGCUGUUCACGGCCGUGUGUAAGCACCUCAAGCGGCAGCGCGUCAGCACCGAGGGCGCCAUCAAGCUCAUCGCCGACAUGAACCUCUACUUUGAGUACGUCCGCACCCUGCGCAACCAGGACCUGCUCGCCUACUUCAAGGCCCUGCGCGAGCUGAGCCAGAUCUACUUGAUCGAUGCGCGCCAUGCCAAGGAGAUGGCCACGAUUAUUGCGGAUGGGGAUCGGUUUGGGGGGAUUUUUAGGGCGGAGGAGGUUUAUGAGUAUGCGGAGAGGAGGGCCGACUGGUAUCAGGUUAGGAAGGAUGUCGAGAGGGCCAUGUACGGGUUGGAGUGCUGUUUGAUGUAG